AUGUACACAUUCCUAUGUAACGGGAUUGGAUCGAUUAUUAACUCUACCGCUUCGCAGUCCAAGUCUAUUGAAAAGAGCCCUCAAGCAAAGUCUCCCAUGGGCACUUUCUCGUCAACUCUGGUCGUUCCAGACGCCACGGUGCCUAUAAAGCGGAAGACACCCAACAAGACUGAGGAUGAUAAGAAUAGCACUGAUUCCGAGCCUCCAUAUCGCCCCAAACGUCGUUCGACUUCCACGCAGCUCAGGACUCCCAGCGAGGCGGGAAGUCCUUCUAGCACUCAAAACGUUACCGUUAUGGUCCCCUCGCCCUCGCUGGCUCUAAACAAAUUCGCCAAGGCCGACCAAUUCCUCGGAAUCAGCGAGCGCUAUUUCCCUAUCAAGUCCGAGCAGCGAACGCAAGCUUCCAGUCGACGCUAUUACUAUGCCAAGAACACCAAGCGCGGCGGUGUCUCCAUUGCCGCAGAUUCUGAUGCCAAUGACACCCUUUCUUCGACUCUUUCACCUUUGCAGGAUAUUCUGCGUCCUUCUCUCGUGCGGGACCUGCGACGCCUUCAGGCGGACGGACCUGCAAUCACUUUCAGUAUUACGGAUGAGAAGCUGCCAAUGCUCGCUUCGAACUUUGGUUUCCUCCGUGACUACGUCUUGAAGAAGGGUGUUGAGCGUGCUCCGAACGAGUUCAAUGCCGGCUGUGGAUGUCCAGACGGUAACUGUGUACCUGGCAAGUGCGAUUGCCAGGACACAGAGGUAGGUUCCGAUGAGGCAGCUGCGCCAUAUCUGCAGAACCGCACAGCUCUGAGUCAGGAAUAUGUUAAAGAACACUCGAUGAUCUACGAGUGCAACUACCGAUGCUCUUGCAAAGGCAAUUGCUGGAUGAACGUGAUUCAGCGCGGACGCAAGUUCAGCCUGGAUAUUUUCGAUACCGGAAACCGUGGUUUCGGCCUCCGCUCCAUGGAACCCAUCCGCGUAGGAGACUUCAUUGACUGCUACCUCGGCGAGGUUCUCACCCAGAAAGAGUCCGAUCUCCGUGAGACAGCCACCGAGGAAUCCGAUCUUUUCGGUCUGGACUGGGCGACGCAGGAAAGCGAGACGCGCGAGAUGUAUGUCAUCGAUGGUCAGAAAUUCGGCUCCCCCACGCGCUUCAUGAACCACUCGUGUAAUCCGAAUUGCAAAAUCGUCCCGGUUUCCAUCGACCAUGGCGAUGAUCGUCUCUAUUACCUCGGUUUCUUUGCGACACGCGAUAUUCCCCCUGGAACCGAACUCACUUUCGACUACAAUCCCAACUGGGAUAAGAAGCAGAAGAAGGAUGAGGAUGCUCUCCCCGUGUCUCUGCGGCGAGAAGCAGUGCCGUGGCCAGCUCUGGCCGAAUGCACGCAAGGAGAAGGGACUGCAGGACCGCCGUGCAUAUCGCCGGGGUUCAGAUAG